AUGCGUCCUAGACGCCGGACUCGUGGGGAAACCCCUCCCAUUCCAGGAGAUGAGCAUACUCCUGGAGGAAUAGCGGAAGCGUUGGGACGUAUUGUGCAGCAGUUGACUGCAGCGCUUCCGGGCUCCAGAACUGACUUUACCAUGGAGCGAGCGAAGAGGCAUGGAGCUUAUAGCUUCUCUCAUGCUCCUGAGGCUAUGGAUGCCCAGAAUUGGUUGAACAAAAUGGAAAGAGUCUUCACUCAAAUCCAUUGCCCCGAGGAUCGAAAAGUGGGCUUAGCGGUGGAUUUUCUGGAUGGUGUAGCUUUUGAUUGGUGGUCUUAUAUGAGCAGGGACUUAGAGAUUGAUGGCCCAAUUACUUGGGAACAGUUCAAGGAGCACUUUACUGAGAGAUAUUUUGGCACAGCCAUUCGGGAUAGGAUGAAAUAUGAGUUCUUGCAUCUGCAAAAGGGGGACAUGACCGUAACAGAAUUUGAACAACGGUUCACCCAACUGGCCCAGUUUGUGCCUGAUAUGGUUAGCACUGAGAGGGAGCGGAUUUAUAGGUUUGUGGAUGCUUUGGGGGGUAAGUAUUCUGAUCAGCUGACCGGAGUACCAUUUACUGAUUAUGCUGAGGUCGUUAAUGCUGCUUUACGACUUGAGACUAGGUAUAUGUCUGGUAUCCGACCUCGGGAUUUGGGUGGCCCCAGUCAGGGCCCACCCAAGAAGGCUGCUUCCACUUCUGGGUCAGGAUCUUCAGCAGGCAGCGGACAGAGUAGUGGGUCUGGUGCUGGAUCUCGUUAUAGACGCGGGGGGCGUGACAUGAGAUUCCCUCGGGGGCAGUUUAGUGGACGCCCGUUUGGGCAGAGCAGAGUUGGUUUUGGUGGUCAGCAUAGGGCUCCAGCUAGGCAGACAGCCCCGUUUGGGCAGUACCAGUCAGUCGGAUGCUUUGAGUGUGGACAGCAGGGCCACUUUAGGAGGGAUUGCCCUCUAUUGACUCAGAGAGCUGCAUUUACCCCUUAUCAGACCGCGGGUCAGUCUUCUGCCGGUACGUCUAUUAGUGGUACCGUGGCUUCUACUAGCGGUACCCAUCAUAGUUCAGCAGCCCGUGGCAGCCCGCAGCGGGGUAGGGGUCAGAGAGGACGUCCUACCACUCAGGCUAGGUUGCAUGCCAUGACGCAGCAGGAGGGCCACGACUCACCAGAUGUUAUCAUUGGUACGUUGUCUGUUUUUGGUCAGCCUGCUUAUACUUUAAUUGAUCCUGGUGCAUCGCAUUCUUUUAUGUCGAGUAGAAUUGCAUGUUUUGCGAAUGUGCCAUCAUCACUUCUUAUUGGUGAAUGGAAUGUGUUAUUACCUGCUGGAGCAUCACUUAAGAUAGAAUGGGUUUUUAGAGGUUGUGAUGUUUUGAUUGAGGGUGUUAGUUUGGAGGUUGAUUUAAUUCCAUUAGACCUUGUUGAAUUUGAUGUGAUUUUGGGGAUGGAGUUUUUGGCGACUCAUCGGGCUAAUAUUGAUUGCUUUCGUAAGAUUGUGAUCUUUCGAAGUCCAGGAAAGCCAAUGAUUACCUUUCAGGGAGAACGUAAUGUUCUAGCUUCCUGUAUGAUUUCCGCUUUGACCGCGGAGAAGCUGUUGAAUAAGGGAAGUCAGGCUUAUUUGGCACAUGUGGUGGACACUAAUAGGGAAGAGCUGAGUAUUAGAGAGAUACCAGUGGGAGAUAGAUUUCACUAUUGA